AUGAUGACCGAGUUUCGUCGUGUGUCUGAAAAUAACAUUGAUGCAGAAGCAGUUGCUGGAUAUGUUUCUCAUACUGCAAAUUCUCGACACAGACGAUCUAACAGUGCUUCUGAUAGGAACUUGAAAUUCUCAAGAGAUGGUGGAGUUUUGUAUCCUAUAGGGAAAGAUGAGGAUGAAUUUAUUGCAUCCCCGCUUAGGGUUUCUAGGAUACAGACUCCGUUGCAUGAGAGUCUCAAGUGCUUAAACAAGAAUGCUUCUUUGAAUCAUAGAGCGUCUUUGGAGCAAGAUGUUGAGCAGCUACAGUUAUGCCUUCAGCAGGAGAAAUCUAUGCGUAUCUUACUCGAGAGAGCGAUGGGCCGAGCCUCGAGUACUUUAUCACCUGGGCACAGAAACUUUGCUUCUCAGACAAAAGACUUGAUUGCUGAAAUUGAGUUACUUGAAGAAGAAGUUACAAGCCGUGAGCAGCACGUGCUUUCGAUGUACAGGAGUAUUUUUGAACAGUGUGUUAGCCAGCCACCUUCUGAACAGAAUUCUGGUGUGGCUUCACCGGCUCAUACAAAACACGAAUCAAGGAAGCACCCAAGCAUAAUUUCAAGCGCUUUCUGUUCAUCAAAAAACUUCCCCUUGCGACCCCUGCAAGCUCUUAUUUCAAAUAACGAUUUGAAGAACAGAAUCUUCAGGUCAAGUCAUGCUCCUUUAUCAAGUGGAAAAGGCAAAGUUUCUUUUGGAAGGACUUUUCCCGAUUCCACCGCCAAGGUUCACGAGAAGUUUUCUUCUAUAGAGAAAGCCCCUGCAUUGCGACCUUUAAAAGACCAUCUACACCAGUGCCCAAGCAAGCUUUCUGAGGAGAUGGUGAAGUGUAUGGCAACUAUAUAUUGCUGGCUCCGUAGUGCAAAAUCUGGCAAUGCUGAAAAUAGUAGGUCACCUAUAUUGUCAAGGUCCUCCACCAAUGCCAUACAGCCUCGACAUGGUGUUGUAGAGGAUCGAGAAUGUUCUUGCAAAUCUGCAGUGGAAAUAUCUUGGAUAGCUACACGAAAACGUCAUUCUUCUCACGCUUCUUACGCCAUGGACAACUACAGAAUGCUAGUCGAACAGCUUGAAAGAGUGAAUAUCAGUCAAAUGGAAUGUGAUGGGAAAAUUGCGUUCUGGAUCAAUGUUCAUAAUGCUCUUGUGAUGCAUGCAUAUUUAGCAUAUGGAAUUCCCCAAAACUCUCUAAGGAGGUUGGCCUUGUUUCACAAGGCUGCUUACAACGUUGGCGGUCAUACUAUAAGUGCAAAUACCAUAGAGCAAGCAAUAUUUUGCUUCCGGACACCUCGCCUUGGACGGUGGCUUGAAAGCAUUGUGUCUGCUGCCCUUAGGAAGAAAAGUGGUGAAGAAAGACAACUCAUCAACUCAAAAUUGAGUAUUACUGAUUCCCAACCUCUUGUCAUCUUUGCCCUUUGCACCGGAACAAUGUCAGAUCCUAUGCUAAAAGUUUACUCAGCUUCAAAUCUAAGAGAAGAGCUGAAUUCUGCGAAGAGAGAGUUUCUUCAGGCAAAUGUAGUUGUAAAGAAGUCUAGUAAAGUUUUUCUCCCUAAACUGGUGGAAAGAUUUUCCAAAGAAGCAUCAAUCAGCAUUGAUGAUAUCCUUGGAUGGAUCAUAGAAAAUGUUGAAAAGAAACUGCAUGAUUCGAUACAGAAGUGCCUUGAUCGUAAGUCCAACAAAAAAUCAUCUCAAAUCAUAGAAUGGCGGCCUCACAGUUCUAGAUUCAGGUACAUGUUCUCCAAGGAUCUAAUAGACAAGCCAUGGUGGGUAUGA